AUGGCGGCGCGCCUUUCCGUCCCAACAACCGCCCGUCUGCCCUCCUCACUGCGCGUCAGCCCCUCCAACCCAGCCGUGCUAAGAGUACUAAACCGACUAUCACGGCCCUCGCUCCUGUCUCUCGUCCUCGACUGGCUGGAUCCGAAGAACCAGCGACUAUGCCCACCCGUCCUGCGCCCGCCUCCAGAGAACCCCGACGACCCUGAAGACGACGAUGACGACGAUGACGACGAUGACGACGAGUUCUUCGACGACCUCUACCCGCCCGCGCGCUCACUCGCUAAGCUGCAAGAGACAUACGAAGACAUGCAGACGCGCAAGGGCAGCCGGCGCGAGGUGGUCGACCGCGUGCUCGAAGGCGACUGGCGCCACGGCAUCAGCCUGUACCAGCUUGCCAUGGCGGACCAGCAAUACCUGUACGACCACCCAGGAUCGCUGAAAUGGGCGUGCUACAAGAUCGCGAAACUGCAAACACCAGACCACGAGGACAUGGCCGACGACGACGACGCGCCCGAGAAGCUCGACCGCGAGACGCUGGCCGUACCGCGCUUCCACCCACCGACGUUCCUGCAGAACCUGCAGGCCGAGGUGCUGCCGGACGUCAAGGCGCACUAUAACUUCGACCGGCCGCGCGGCGGGCGCCAGCCGCUGCUGCUGCUGCGCAUAUUCGUGCUCGAAUCGCCGUACAACACCGAGCUGGCCGUGACGUCAGCCGCAGGUUCAGCCGCCGUCAACCGGCCCGGCAUAGGGAAGACCACGACGACGUUCGACGUCUCGCGCACCAUCUACAUCGCGUUCCCCGACGACUCGCCGCACGUCUUCGUCUCGAAGCCGCAGAGCACAGGGGCCGGGGGGUCCGCGACGGCGGGCGAGACGCGCUCGCUGCGCGCGCUGGUAGUCGAGGGCGUGCCCAAGGCGCUGUCGCGGCCGCGCGAGCGCUACGCCCUCAGGGCCACCAACCUGGAGACUAAGAACUUGGACGCCAUGCUGGCGGUCAAGGGCGCGGGCAGGACGAACGCCGCGCAGGGCGGGUGGAGCAUCUACGCGGCUGGCGACAAGGCGGAGGGGGCGGUGGUGGCUAACGACAGUCCCCUUAAUGCUCUUCUGCCUACGCCACCACUAUCUGUGAUCGUGGAGGAGGACAAGGACGAGAAAGGGGAUACAACAUUGGAAGCAAGUGUAGAAGUCCGGCAGCAAGAGGCGAAGAAGCGCAAGCGCCCGUUAGAUCCCGAAGAAGCGAAAGAAGGAAAGGAGCGCAAACGCAGCAAGCUCGUCGCCCAGGCUCGGUUCGGCGACUCGGCGCAGAUCGACGACGGGAAGGGCAUCGAGCGCUUCGACAUCCGGAUCGAGGAUCCGUUUCCCGGCCUGCUGCCCGUCGAAGAGGAUAAUGAGGAUGAACGAGAAGCAGACGGGCACGACGAAGCCCGCGGGCGCAAGAAAUCCAACAAGGGCCGCAAGAACAACGUCGAUGCCAGCCUCCUGCAAGAAGAAGACCCAGACGAAGACGAAGAACAACGAAUCCCCGAUAACUCCACCCGCGACGAGACUGCCCGGGGAGGAGAUAAGCAACACAGUAGCGAAGGCACCAACAACAAGUGGCGGCCCAUCGUCCGCCUGACGUUCCACGGCCCGCAUGUCUUCGCCGGCGUGCGCCAGCUCGUCGAGGCCGGCGUCAUCGACAGCGCGCGCAUGCCCGGCUGGAUGACGGGCGAGGAGGGCGUCUCGGUCGGCGCGGUGCGGCAUGGGCGGAUACGGGGACAUAAGGGGUCGGGGAUGUAG